CAUAUAUAUAUUAUAUCCUAACUCCAUCUGUCUUCUCUCCCUCAAUCUUCUUUUAGCUCUCCCCCUUUUUUCUUUUCCUUCUUUCCCAAAAUGAACUCUACAGCAUCCUUUGUAUGUGUGACUUGUGGCACAAACACUCCUUCCGAUGUUUCUGGUGCUCCUCUCAAAACCUGCAUCAUCUGUGAUGAACCUCGGCAAUACAUCCGUGCAGGUGGACAGGAAUGGACUACACUUGAUGAGCUCAAGGCUAGCAAGAAAUACAAGAAUGUCUUCACUCCUACUGAAGCUGAUCCGGAGCACAUGAUCUCUAUAGCUACCACUCCCCAAUAUGCAAUCGGUCAACGAGGCAUCCUCAUCCGAACUCCAAAGGGUAAUGUCCUUUGGGACUGUAUCACUUACAUUGAUCAAGAGACUAUCGCCAAGGUCAAGGAACUAGGUGGGCUUAAGGCUAUCAUCAUCUCUCACCCACAUUACUACUCUUCCCUCAAGGAGUGGAGCGAAGCCUUUGGUGGGAUUCCUGUCUAUACUCACAUAAACGACCAAAAAUGGGUCCAACGUCCUGCAGAAAACCACAUCUUCUGGGAAGGCACAACUCUUCAAUUGUUGGACAAUGAGAUUACAGUGAUGUGCCCUGGAGGCCAUUUUGACGGAUCAGCACUAUUGCUCUGGAACAAGAAUUUGUUGGUCGCGGAUACGAUGAUGGUGGCUGCGUCUCGUAAAUCAGUCUCAUUCAUGUACAGCUUCCCGAACUAUUGGCCAUUAGGACCACAGGAAGUGAAGACUAUCUGGAAGACAGUCCGACCAUUUGAAUUUGAUAACUUGUUAGGGGCAUGGGUUGGUAAAGAGGUUAUUGGACAUGGACGCAGUAUUGUUUACGAGAGUGCAAAACUCUAUACGAAAUACAGUGGGCAUGACGCUUCCAAGUUUUACGGGGCAGACGAGGAGGAGCUCGCAUUCAACUAAAAGGAAUUGAAAUAAAUAAAUAAACAGAU